GUCGUAUGCUUCACUGUAUUAAUUACUCUGCAUCGAGUCACUCGCUGUUCUUUUCUCUCGCGAGGUGGUGAAUCCAACCGAGCUCCGAUCCAGCUCGCCAUCUCUGCUCCGAAGCGAGAGAAGGAAAUGGGGUUCGCUUCCUUUAUGGGUCGUGUUCUGUUUGCCUCUGUCUUCAUCCUCUCCGCCUGGCAGAUGUUUAAUGAAUUUGAUGCCAGCGGUGGACCUUUUGCAAAGGAAUUGAUUCCUAAGCUCACUGUUAUGAGAAAAAAUGUGUCCUCCAAGUUGGGGAUUGAGAUACCAAAUAUUGAUGUUCAGCAUUUUGUGGCUACUAUAAUAGUACUGAAGGGCCUUGGAGGGAUCCUUUUUGUGUUUGGCAGCGCAUUUGGAGCUUUCCUACUGCUUCUGCAUCAGGCACUUACCGUUCCACUUCUAUAUGAUUUCUACAAUUAUAAGCCCAACAGGCGGGAAUAUAGUCUGCUGCUGAAUGAUUUCGUCCUGAACACAGCACUUUUUGGUGCAUUGCUGUUCUUUAUAGGGAUGAAGAACUCAAUUCUCAGGAGGCAACUGAAGAAGAAGGCUCCAAAAACAAAGACAACUUAGAGCAGAGAUGCAUUAAUGUAUUCUCAAAGGACACUUUUUUGACAGCCUGCUGUGUUGCAGCAUCAGAUUUGUCUAAGCUAGCCUUAUAUCUUUUUGCCUCUUUUUCCCCUUACUUUAGCCUCUUCUAGUUUGUAUUAGAUGGAUACUCUGAUUUGUUUGAGCGACACUUUGUAGCAGAGGGCGUAUAAUUUGUUCCUGGAUAUGGUUUAGCUCCCGCAUAUCAUUUUAUUCUAAUUCUAUCAGUAAGUUGAGAUGAGAUUUGGUAUUAAGUAAGGCUUAUGUGGCCUGUUUGGGAUCAAGUUUGGAAUUAUUUAUUAGCAUGUUUCACUUAAAUCGAGACAAAAUUCUU